AUAUAAAAAACCCAAAUGGAAUUUCACGCAAUCAUUUUCAUUCUUGGAUGUGUUCACACCCGAUUCUUUUGGUGCCCGAUUCUUUUGGAGCAAAACUUAACAAUGGCAUCCAACAUGAUAACAUCUCUUUUAAUCGUCUGCAUUGUUACCGGAAGUCUUCUUCGAUUCGGCGAUGCCAGAAACACCUACGUUUGUAAACCCUGUAAAUCACUUACAGAUUGUGAACAAGAACCUAAUGAUUUUUGUCUUUGGGAUGAAGUAAGAGAUAACUGCGGAAGAAGGACGUGCGCCAGGGGUCCAGGUGAACGAUGCGGAGGUCCCCUUGAUAUUUAUGGAAAAUGCGGUGAAGGACUUAUGUGUAAACAAGACGAAAAGUGCCACGGAUGUAUGUUGAGCCCCACCGAUUACAACUGCUUCCCUUAAAUCAAUUCGAAUUUUGACCAGCAACUAAAUUAUUAUCAGUAUUAUUAUCUUGUGAUCAGCUCUCAAUUUUUUCUGUAUUUUUUUUGUAUUUAUUUAAAAAAAAAUGGACCAUAACAAAACGAUCUCUCAAA